GUAGUACCAACAACAACGAAAGACAGAAAACAGAAACAGUGGAACUCCUUUUUUUUUUUUUUGUUUUCCAAAAACCCUCGCAACUGUUCUUCCUUUGUCUUUGUCUUUGUCUCCCCCUUUUGGCUUCCAUAUCUUUCUCUCUUCUCUUCAAGAUGACGUACAUGUCAAAUUGCCAAUCUAACUAUGCAACGGAUUCCGGAAAUAUGAAGACGAAUCCCUUUUGUUUCGACUUCUAGCAGUUUCUGGAGGCCUAAACCACUCAAUCAAUUAUUCAAGUUUUCAACUUUGGGUCAUCUCUUAAGUAUAUGCUGACAUUGGAUUUUAUUUGAGAAAAUUCAGGCAUAGUGUCUGGUGGUGCAUUGUCCUUAUCUUUAUGCUUUUCCUCUAGUAAGACACGAAGAUCUGUGGAAGCUUCAGUCAUAAGAAUGCUGUUGCCCAUUCUAUUAGGAUUUCAUGGUGUGUCAGAUUGGGAAGCAUUGAUGAAGAGUUUGUAUCCACCUAACAAAGUUAACCGUUUGAAUAAGACAAAGCCAUCGUUUUCUGUAUUGUCUCCUUCUUUCUGAAUCUGGAGGUGCAAACAUCUGGAAUUGCACAAGUUUUUCAACAACUAAUUUGUGGAAUCAUCAUCAGAUGUCAGAAGGUGUUAUGGCUGUGGUCAAACCGGAGAUGAAGUCCUACAUUUGGCUACAAACUACUGAUGGUUCAAUCCAGCAAGUGGAAGAGGAGGUUGCCAUGUUUUGCCCCAUGAUAUGCCGAGAAAUUCUUCAAACAGGCAUGGGUUCUUCCAAAAACUAUGCUAUAUCACUUCCACAGCGGGUGAAUCCUGCUAUUUUGGGCUUAAUACUUGAUUAUUGUCGCUUUCAUCAAGUACCAGGUCACUCUAAUAAGGAGCGCAAAACUUUUAAUGAGAAGUUUGUUAGAAUGGAUACAAAAAGAUUGUGUGAAUUGACAUCUGCAGCCGACAGCCUGCAAUUGAAGCCUUUAGUUGACCUAACAAGCCGUGCACUUGCUCGAAUAAUUGAAGGAAAAACUCCGGAGGAGAUACGGGAAACAUUCCAUUUACCUGAUGACCUCACAGAGGAGGAAAAGUUGGAACCCCUCAGAAAUAUUACCGAUGAUCCACGUAUCCGGCUUUUAAACCGAUUGUAUGCCAGAAAAAGGAAGGAAUUAAAAGAGAGAGAGAAACUGAAGAAUGUUGAAGUUGAGGAGGAGCGUGUGGAUGAACGCUCAGUAGAUGAUCUCUUGUCUUUUAUAAAUGGAGGAGAUCAAGACUCAAAGGGAGUUAGGACUACCAAGAAUAAAAAGAAAAAUAGGAGAAGAAAAGAGCAACUAAAGCACUCUUCAGAUAGUGUUGAUGUAAACUAUAAUAAGGAGUUGGAUGCUGCUCCUGCUGCUUGCAAUCAAGGCAACAUUGAUAAUAUUUUGGUGCCUACUCGUAGUAAAACUUCAAAGUUGCAAGAUUCUUCAGCUGUCAUUUUUUCACCUAAGAUGGAGUUUGAUGAUGCUGAUAUUGACGAUGAUAUUGAUCCCGCAAUGAAGGAGGAACUUGACAGGGAAGUGGAGGACUUUGCUAGGAGGUUGAAUUCUGAUUGGCCAGAAAGGAUGCAAGAAAUUUUAUCAUUAGGCCAUGAAAGACGACUUGUACCGAUGUCAAUAAACGGCGAAGGUCCCAUGAGUAGAUUUUCAAGUUUGGGCAGGAGAUACUAAACAGAGGUAAACUUUCUGUUUUCCAGAAUGGACGGCUGCUUGAGUGGUCUAAAGAUGAUCCUAGCAACCAAUUUGCUGCUGUAAGAUUCUCAGCUUCGUGCUCGGUUUGAUCUGCAUGUGAGUGUACUUAUUUGUUUUGCCAUUGCCAAUAUGUAUCUUUGUUCAUAGCGUGUAUGUUGGAUAUUGUCCUUCCCGUUCUUCUUAUUCAAUUUCUGAAAAAAGAAAAAGACCGUCUCAAAUUUUGAGAAUCUGUUCAUUAUGUUCUGAUGAGUCAGCCCCUUGCUUGUAGCUUUCACCCAUUGUUAUUGGCAUAUUACGUACCACUGCAAAAUAAUACAUUGUCAAUACCACAAUUUCCCUCUACCUUCUGGUGGAUAGUAUUUUGUUCAUAGCAUGGAGCUCUUUGGUAUUGUUUCUGCAGGCCCCUCUUUGGAGGUUUAAUGCUGUAAUGUGCUCUGUGAUGAAACAGUUCAGGAAUUUAACAUCCAAGGUGUAGGAUUUGGAACUUUGUAAUUUAGUUAUUUGAACUUCUAAUCAAGCAGUAAUAGAAUUUCAGCUGUACAGCCAGCCUGAAUGCUGUGAGGAAGCAAGAUUAAGCUUUAUGUGAUGUAAUUUUCUUGGCGUCAAAGUCCAAUAUAUAUCUUUGCUUAGUGAUUUAAAGUACUGGUGCAAUCGUAGCUUUGCCUAUUCAUUAUCA